AUGAGUAAAACUAAAAAACAUCACGCUGUGAGAGUCAUUGAAAACAUGUCGGAGCUCGUAUUAAAUAUCAUAAUUGGUAAUAUUCAUUGCAAACAAUGUGAAUUUCAUUUGACUAGUAUCUUAUCAAAAUUCUUCUACUUGGGCGGAACCGAGGAGGCGCCCAAGAAUUUUAGCGAAUCUGGCGAUAGAUGGUAUGGGAAAAGAAUUAUAACGUCGCUGCUAUUCUUCAAACCGCCUAAAAAAAUAACUGUCACUCAGUGGUCGAUUAAUGCCGGCCUUGGCUUGGUUACCUUACGGAUCCCUAUAAACGCUGGGAGUGACCGCAAUAUUAAAUCUAAGUUCGAAGCUGCCUACUUUUCAAUGUUAAAAAGAGAAUUAAAUAGAGCUGGAUUUGAUGUCUGUCAUAUCAACGUGACGUACAAUUUACCGAAUGAAGGUGUGAGGAACGAAGGUGAGAUAAUUAACAUAGCUGAUGCAAACAGGAAAGUCAGUUCAAAGUCAAAACAAGCCCACCUAGAGUACUGCAGCAGCUGUCUAGAGGCAGAAAAAUAUUCAUCAUCCUCUGGCGAAUCUAGCAUUCAAGUGAUGAAACCGAAAAUAUAUCGAGCUACCUUUUUGAUAUCAGAUCAAGCUAUCGACAGUAACAAUAGAGGUUCUUCAGAGGAUGUAAUACGAAAUGUGUUAAAGACCUCUGCCGUGGACGAAAAUGGAAUGGAGCUCACUCCCGGCAAAUUAUCAGUGUUACUAUCUAACAAGCUCUACGCUCAAAGUGUAGCCGAUGCCCUGAGGGAUAAUAAUUUCCAGGCACAGCUGGUAGAUAUGAAGCCGGUUGUCAACGAGCUCAAGUACAAGAUCACCGCUAUAAUAGGAGGAAUUACAUGUGCAUCUUGUUGUAAUAGUAUAACUGCCGCAGCCAGUAAAUUGGAUUUUAUAGCGGAUGUGGCUGUAAAUGCUGUGACUAAGACGGCAAUUUUCAUUUCCGAUGUGAAUAAUGAAAGGGCAAUUAACUGCCUAAGAGAUGUCGUAGAAGAGUGUGGCUUUGAGUUUGAACUUGUUGGUGUCCCACAGUCAACCAUUCACAGCUCUGUGCAGACGGAGCGCAGGGUGGUAACUAUUGAGAUUGACGGUAUGUACUGUCAAAGCUGUCCACAACGUGUCGUUGCUUCAUUAGAAAACUAUAAUAAAGCAAACAUAGAGGUGACCCAAGUACCAACGUUAAAGAGUCCUCAUUUGACGUUCUCCUAUGUUCCAAAUCAAAGUAAUGGGACCACAAUUCGCGCUUUAGUCGAACAUGUUAGGACUUCUAUAUUACCAGCUAAUUCAAGUUACCAGAUCAGCGUAAAGGUAGUGGAAGGAUCGUUGCUGGAUAGUAAAUUGAAGGAUUUAAAUGAGAGAGAACAGAAAAGCAUAAUGAGGUGUCUCAUUUUCGCGGCUAUCGUGGCAAUUCCUACAUUUGUAUUUGGAAUUAUCGGUAUGUCGCUGCUUCCAGGAGAACAUCGUUUCAGAAAAUGGUUAGAGAAGCCUUUGUGGGUAAAGAACGUUCCUCGCGUCAUUUGGAUACUUCUUAUCCUUAGUACCCCAGUAUACUUCUCUGUAGCAGAACAAUUUCAUGCCAAGGCCUGUAGAGAACUUCAUUUCCUCUGGGCAUACCAAAAAAGUUGGACGGCUAGAUUAUUCAAAUUUGGAAGUAUGAACCUGCUGGUGUCCUUGGGCACAAGCGUUGCAUACUUUGCCAGCAUCCUGCUUUUGAUUCUUUCUGCACUUAAAAAAGACGCUAAUCACCAUAAGGGAUCUCCGGAUACAUAUUUCGACUCGGUUGUUUUCCUCACCCUGUUCCUUUUGAUCGGAAGACUUCUAGAGUCACUCUCCAAAUCCAAAAUGGUUAAAACUCUGGAGAGCUUGACAUCUUUAAAACAGAGAACAGGUAUUCUCAUGCAGGCAGACGGAGCUAGAGAUUUUAAAAAAGAAACAAGUGUCAGCGCGGAAAUGCUUGAGCUGGGUGAUCAUAUCCUGAUAAAACCUGGCGCAAGUCCGGCUGUGGACGCCCUGAUAGUACAAGGAGAAACAGAAUUUGAUGAGAGUUCAUUGACUGGAGAGUCAAGGCCAAUUACCCACUUUCCUGGUGACCAAAUAUUUGCGGGUACCGUUAACGUUGGCCAAUGCGCCGUGAUUGCAAAAGUGUCUACGGCGCCAGGUAACUCGUUGCUAGAUCACGUAAUCAGUGCUGUCCGUGAUGGACAAUUGAGAGGAGCACCCAUUGAGCGCAUUGCAGACGUUUUGACGGGAUAUUUUGUCCCGUUUAUUGUUCUUCUAGCCAUCCUAACCUGGGCUAUUUGGUUGAUUUUAGGCUUCGCUGGGGUACUCUCCCAGGAAAAGUUGGAUGGUAGCGUAGGUGGAUGGCCCUUCUGGUCUUUAGAAUUUGCCAUUGCGGUGUUUGUAAUAGCCUGUCCAUGUGGCAUUGGCCUUGCUGCACCCACUGCACUAUUUGUGGGCGCUAACAUUGCAGCAAAGUACGGUAUCCUGGCUAGGGGCGGCAGUGCUGCCUUCCAAAUGGGCUCGAAGGUAACGACUGUGUGCUUCGAUAAAACUGGAACGCUAACUAAAGGAUGCGCUCCAGAAGUGACCGAUUAUGCUAUAUACCCUGAUCCCCGCAUCCAUAAAAUAUUGGGUAAAGUGCUCCACGAGUUUGGCCUUGCAUCUAAGCAUCCUCUUUCUCACUCCAUGAAAUGUUUUGCACUAAAGACACUCGGAGAAGAUUUAUCUGACAUCAACGUGCUGGAAAUCAAAGAAAUCCCCGGGAAAGGCAUGACUGGGGUCAUUGAACCAUCUCCCGCCCAACCUAGCGGAUUCAGAGAUGAGCUGGUGCCCUCGGAGGUUAUUGUCGGCAAUGAGAAGUUCAUGGCGGAAAACGGAUGUCAGCUGAGUCCGGACCAAGAAAGCCUACUUUAUAGCUGGAAAAUCGAAGGUAGAAGUAUCAUUAUAAUUGGAAUGAAUUUCCCUGAAGGUGCUGCGACGCAAUGUUUCAUACCCACUUUAUUCCUGGCAGUGCGUGACGAGUUGAGACCUGAGGCAAAAGAAGUGGUUCAGGCCCUGCAUGAACGUGGCAUAGAGUGUUGGAUGAUAUCAGGCGACAAUUCUUUGGCCGCAAAUGCAGUUGCAUUAGAGGUAGGCAUCAAGCAUGUCAUUGCAGAUGUACUUCCCGAGGGAAAGGCCGAAAAGAUCCAGUGGAUUCGGGAAACGAGCGGCCAAGGCGUCGCGAUCGCCAUGGUUGGAGACGGAAUGAACGAUGCACCAGCCAUCGCAGCCGCGGAUGUAGGUAUUUCGCUUGCCAGUGGCUCGGAUCUUGCUAUGAUAUCCUGUGAUUUUGUCCUGCUCUCAAAAAAGAACCCACUCACUGGCAUCGUCGUCCUGCUCCAGCUGUCGAAGAAGGUAUUUCGGAGAGUUAAAUUCAACUUCGUGUGGGCACUGGUCUACAACAUCAUCUGUGUUCCAAUUGCGGCAGGCGUGCUGUACCCAUAUAAAGAGACCAGGCUGUCUCCAGUCUGGGCUAGCAUCGCCAUGGCUGCGUCGUCAGUUUCAGUCGUUCUCAGUAGCAACCUUCUUCGAUUCUAUAGGCCAUCAAAGAUAGUCCCGAGGUCGCAGAUGUUGCCGCAGCACACUACUCGCAACGAAGCCCGACGUCUGCAAUGGCCCUCAAAGUAA